CCCGGCGCCCUGCGCCUGCCGCCUUCCUCUGCUGGACUGCAGUCGAAGGAAGCUGCCCGCGCCCAGCUGGAGGGCACUGUCAGGCCCGCUGCCCCCCGACACCUCCAGCCUGGAUUUGAGUCAUAAUCGGUUGUCUAUCUGGAACAUCAGCUUGGAAUCACAAACAUUACAAGAAGUGAAAAUGAAUUACAAUGAGCUAACAGAGAUCCCAUAUUUUGGAGAACCAACACCUAAUAUUACUCUACUUUCAUUAGUCCAUAAUUUAAUACCAGAAAUAAAUGCAGAAGCAUUGCAACUUUACUCUGCUCUCGAGAGUUUAGACCUCAGUUCUAAUAUAAUAUCAGAAAUCAAGACAUCUUCAUUUCCUCAAAUGUCACUGAAAUACCUGAAUUUGAGUAAUAAUAGGAUAACCACUUUGGAGGCUGGCUGCUUUGACAACUUAUCAGGUUCUUUAUUAGUGGUAAAAUUAAACCGGAACCGAAUUAGUAUGAUUCCACCUAAAGUCUUCAAGCUGCCUCAUCUCCAAUUCUUGGAACUAAAAAGGAACAGGAUUAAAAUUGUAGAAGGUCUUACCUUCCAAGGGCUUGAUUCCUUACGCUCAUUGAAAAUGCAACGGAAUGGAAUUAGCAAACUCAAAGAUGGAGCAUUUUUUGGGUUGAAUAAUAUGGAAGAAUUAGAACUGGAACAUAAUAACCUUACAGGAGUGAACAAGGGGUGGCUGUAUGGCUUGCGAAUGUUACAGCAACUGUAUAUGAGCCAGAAUGCUAUUGAAAGAAUUAGCCCAGAUGCAUGGGAGUUCUGCCAGAGACUGUCUGAACUGGAUUUGUCCUAUAACCAGCUGACCCGCCUUGAUGAAUCUGCCUUUGUGGGUUUGAGUUUACUGGAGAGAUUGAAUUUAGGGGAUAAUAGAGUCACUCAUAUUGCUGAUGGUGUAUUUAGGUUUCUUUCCAAUCUUCAGACACUAGAUUUGAGAAACAAUGAAAUUUCAUGGGCCAUAGAAGAUUCUAGUGAAGCCUUUGCUGGACUCAAAAGUCUCACUAAAUUAACCUUGCAAGGAAACCAGAUUAAGUCAAUUACACAGAAAGCAUUCAUUGGUCUUGAAUCCCUUGAGUAUUUAGAUUUGAACAACAAUGCUAUAACGUCUAUCCAAGAAAAUGCUUUUUCUCAGACUCACUUAAAGGAACUUGUUCUGAAUACAAGCAGUUUGCUCUGCGAUUGUCAUUUGAAGUGGCUACUUCAGUGGCUGGUGGAUAACAACUUUCAUCACUCUGUGAAUGUAAGCUGUGCACAUCCUGAAUGGUUAGCGGGGCAAAGCAUCCUGAAUGUGGACCUGAAAGAUUUUGUCUGUGAUGAUUUUCUGAAGCCUCAAAUAAGGACACAUCCUGAAAGCACAGUUGCUUUAAGAGGUGUUAACGUGACUCUGACAUGCACUGCAGUGAGCAGCAGUGAUUCACCCAUGUCCACUGUAUGGCGCAAGGACAGUGAAAUCCUGUAUGAUGUGGAUGUUGAGAAUUUUGUUCGUUAUCGCCAGCAGGCUGGAGAAGCGCUGGAAUAUACUAGUGUCUUGCACCUCUUCAGUGUGAACUUCACAGAUGAAGGGAAAUACCAGUGUAUUGUUACUAAUCAUUUUGGCUCUAAUUAUUCACAGAAAGCCAAACUGACUGUGAAUGAGAUGCCAUCUUUUCUGAAGACUCCAAUGGAUCUAACUAUUCGCACUGGCGCCAUGGCCAGAUUAGAAUGUGCUGCAGAGGGGCACCCUGCACCUCAGAUUUCCUGGCAGAAAGACGGUGGCACUGAUUUUCCUGCAGCCCGAGAAAGACGAAUGCACGUCAUGCCUGAGGAUGAUGUCUUCUUCAUUGCCAAUGUGAAGAUAGAAGACAUGGGAAUCUAUAGCUGCAUGGCACAGAAUAUAGCAGGAGGCCUCUCAGCAAAUGCCUCACUCACUGUGUUAGAGACACCCUCAUUCAUUAGACCUCUUGAGGACAAGACUGUCACCCGAGGUGAAACGGCAGUAUUGCAGUGCAUAGCUGGAGGGAGUCCUGCUCCUCGCCUCAAUUGGACCAAAGAUGAUGGACCACUCUUAGUAACAGAACGACACUUCUUUGCUGCAGCUAAUCAGCUUCUCAUCAUUGUAGAUGCUGGGCUAGAAGAUGCUGGAAAAUAUACUUGCAUUAUGUCUAAUACUCUUGGGACAGAACGGGGACAUAUUUACUUAAAUGUCAUUUCAUCCCCCAAUUGUGACUCUUCUCAGAAUAGCAUUGGACAUGAGGAUGAUGGUUGGACCACAGUUGGCAUUGUUAUCAUUGUUGUGGUUUGCUGUGUCGUGGGUACUUCUUUGAUCUGGGUCAUUGUUAUUUACCACAUGAGAAGGAAGAAUGAAGACUACAGUAUCACAAAUACAGAGGAACUUAAUUUGCCUGCAGACAUUCCCAGCUAUUUGUCUUCCCAAGGAACACUGUCUGAACCACAGGAAGGCUACAGUAACUCUGAGGCAGGCAGUCAUCAGCAACUUAUGCCUCCUGCCAACGGAUACAUACACAAAGGCACCGAAGGUGGCACUGGUACCCGGGUGAUCUGUUCAGAUUGUUAUGACAAUGCCAACAUCUACUCAAGGACCCGAGAAUACUGUCCAUACACCUAUAUUGCUGAGGAGGAUGUUUUAGACCAGACCCUGUCCAGCCUCAUGGUUCAGAUGCCCAAAGAGACAUUUUUGUCACAUCCUCCCCAAGAUGCUGCUACUCUGGAAAGUCUGAUACCAUCAACAGAGAGAGAGCUGUCUGCCUUUCCCACAAACCAUGAGAGGAUGCAUGAGAAGCUUCCCUUCUCACAGAUGAGCAAUGAAAUAUUUCAGCGGCCUCUGUGGAACAUGAACAGAGAAGUAGGCCUACUUCCCUUUUCCCAGCAGCCUGUCCUUGAGUCACCACAGCUUCAGCAACAUGAGGGACUGGCAGAGAGAGAUCCAGACUGCUCUUCACCUGUGUCCUGCCACAGGUUACAUGACCACACUUUUGAUUUUAGUAGGACUCGGAACAUUCAAGAUGGUAGUGAGGGCACAUGAAGCUGGCCCAGGAAGAAAUCUGAGCAGAGACUCAAGUUAGUUAAUUUGCUACCUCAGAGUUGAGAAGAACCCCCAAAGUCAGCAUUUGCAUUACUCUUUGCUUCAAAUUAUAUCUGACCACACCAAGCAAAGAAAAGGUAGUGGCUGACAGAAAUGUACCACAGAAGUGUGUACCAGGUUGAAAGUACACAGCCCUGGCAGAAGACGAUAUGGUCAAAUGUCCUUGCAGGUGGCCCCACAAGUAUGUGCCCAUGUGUGCACUGCCUGUCACAAAGAAUGUCAUUGCUGCUUAGCCUGCUGGAUUGCCCCAGAAUGCUCAUAGAAAGCAUCACUACUUUGACAUUCUACUUUGCCUUCCAGGCAAGGAGCAGAGAUAUCGUCCGAGCUCUCCUAAGUCUGACUGGGAUUCUCCUGUGGUGUUGAGUACAGAGUGGAGGCUGAGCUUUGAUAUUCAAGGUCUUCAGCUAGAAUCCAAGUUUUGCUGACUGGUACCAGAACAAAGGCUUUUGUAUUCUUGUGGGUUUUGUGUGUAUGUGUUGUAUAUUUGUUUUGUCCCUUUAACCAGGGGUAUUAAUUGUAAAUAUAUGUGCAUUUAUAAAUAAUUUUUCUACUCAUUGACCUUGUGUGUUGGCUACAAUGUAAAUGUUUUUGAUAUGCCCAAAUUAUGUAUAAUGUCUGUCUAGUUACUGUAUGGACAACAACUUCUCAAGAUCACAGAUUUUGCAUAACUUAGUUUAGUGAGGUCUAUGAACUCUGUUUAAAGUUCUAAGACUAUUGUUAUGAAGCUUAUGUGGAGAGGCAGGGUACUUAGUGAUUGUGUGCUCACAAACUCGAGCUUGGUGUAAUUAGCUGCUUGCUUCAUGCCUGAAGGUCCAUGCAUCCAAUCGCUUGCCAUCUGUUUAUAAGUGCCAGGUGAUAAUCUUGUUCUAGCAUAAAUGUCUUGUUCUUCCAGAGCCCAGCAGCCUUGUCACAGCCCUGUGAGCCUAGAAAGUGACUUGUUUGGGGACGGUCUUCCUUCAGCAAAGUACUUUGAUGACAAGGAAACCAAAGAUUGUUCUUUUUUAUGUUUACUUUGUUUUUAAUCUCCUUCAUGAAUGUAGCAAUGAAGAAGGGAAGUGUGUUCUUGGGAGUAGGUCCCAUGGAAGUUCCUGUACUCUGUAGAUUUAGAGUGGUCCUUUAUACCAGUUAUUAUUUAAGCCAAAAAGCUUUCUAUAAACAAAGAAUGUUAACACUAAUGAAAUGUCUGUACUUUCAGUCUGUCUUUGUCUUUGAGUGUAAUACCAGCUUCCUGCUAGACGGCUCUCGACUUUUAAAGGUAUCUAUUCAUAAGUAACUGUAUAUUUCUAGAAUUCUAAACCUGGUUUCUUAGCUUUUUGUCAGAAAGUUGAGAUGAAUUUCUGACGUUUUGUCCAUGCUUGUUUUAAUCCUAAAUUUUUCUUCCUCAGGUAGCACCACUGUUAGCUUUUUAAUUUUUUUUUCUAUUUAAAUUGUCAUGUUUUCUUCAUUUCCACUUUGAACCUUUAAAAUAAUAUAGUCCUCUUACCCCUUUGGACUACAUGCUUUCUUCCUUUUGGGCUGUGUUCCAGUUUUAUAGUGGUCUGACAAGAAAUUAAGAGCUGGCCCCCUUCCUGACACUGCUCUUGCUAGCUGUGCGUCUGACUCUUACUGCUGAAAAGAGGCUGUUUACCAGCUGCCUAGGCCACUCUCCAGCUCCCUCCAGGAACCAAAGAGGGUUGUGCCACUUCACUGAAGAGCUGCCUUUGUGAACUGUUAAGCUAGAUCAAGAGUGAUGCUGCUUGCUCUGACUUGAGCUGUAUUUAUUUUCCCAGUACAGGACUAAUGGCCUAAGAAAUGCUCAGGGGAGGGGAAAGCACUCUGCUUUUCAACAGUGUUAGUAAGCAAAGACUGCUGUCUGAUUGAAAAGUUGCCUUCUGUCCUCUGGAGCAGCAGAGCUGCAGCGCGGGUCUAGAAUGGGGAUAUGCUGCAGCUUGUUUGUGCUGGCCAUGCCGCUUCUCCUGUGGUCAGGCUGUAGUGCUCACUCAUUGAGUGUGAUCUGUCAGAAUAGGAAGCAGACCCUGACCCAGUUCCUCUAGAAAUACUUUAUCCAGGACAUCAUCUCCAAGCUCCAGCAGUGGCCUUUCUGCUGGUGGUGUCAGUCUAGUCUCCUGAAGGUUGGUGAAGUGUUGGACCUGCCCUCCCACAUAUCCCUGGCUUGCUCAAAUAACUGAUUAGGAACCCGUUUACAGAUGAGAAGAUUCUGCCUCUGGUCUUUAAAUAACAGCAGAUUCUUACCCCAGAGAAAGGAAUUCCUGAAAAAACUUGAACAUGUUUGACCAAGCAGUCUCUACCGUCCAAUAGUGAUAGAAUUGGCAUCUCAUAACACUUCCUCUAGGCUGGACAGGGUCCAUCUAGGAUUUAGUUAGUUAAGGACAUUGCAGAGCAAAGCAGACUGAAAUGCUGAGAGAAGUAGUCCAUCCCCCAGCCAGUUCCCACUUCAUUUCAGUGGGACCACAUAAGCUCUCUGAAUUUGUUUGUGCCACUCUUGGGCUGAUUUUACAAGUACCUAUAGGAAGUAGCCUUUUCCUUGAACUCUUAGUAGGCUGUACAGUGCCCACUGAGGGCUUAUAAAGGACCAUUAGUCUUCAUCAAGCAGUUUUAGCACUGUCAGCUAUCCUAUGAAGAGAAGGACAUGAUAGAAGGCUUUGUUUACAUCUUGUAGGAAGUGACAGAUGCCAUCUCCAGGAAGGUGUAGAGUAUGCAUCUUAGUCUAAUAAUCAUACUUUUCUGGUAAUGAAAAUGGUCUCCUUUUUGGGGGGAGGUAUGUGCAGACACUAAUUGCUAGCCAUGCCUAAGAGAGUUCUUUGAUGGAGUAGAAAAUGGGCAAGGUUACUAUAACAUCUGCAAUGUUAGCAUUAACUUGAGAGUUUUUCCUUUGAUCUUUGGGUCUGGUUUAGUGCAAUUCAGAAUUCUUUUUCUAAAACUAAGCCAUUUGGGACUUUGGUUAACAAAGGAAUCUGGUUUGUGUUCACAACUAAAAACAUGAAGUGGUGGCAUUGUUUUUCUGAAAAAAAAAAAAAAA